AGUUAAGAAAUUAAUUUCACAAAAAGAAAAGAUGAACAAAAAAAAAACAAAUCUAUCUGUUUUUAGUUCACAUACAUCAUUGAUGAACAGAGAUUGAAACGAGCGAGCGAUUUAUAUGACUAGAUCGAAAAGAAUAAUCUUCAUGGUAUCGAGAAAUAUAUAUCGAUGGAAUUCUUCUUUGGAUUGGGAGUCAGAAUAUCAGAUAUUUAUACGAAACAAACGAAUCAAAACAAAAAUUCUCGAUUUGUUUCAUCCAAAAAAAAUAUCAAUUUCAAAGGUGUGUAUACGAUGAACAAUCGUAAACAGAUAAAUAUUAUUUUAUCAUCUGGAAUAUAUUCUUAUAUAUGACCAACUGAGGUAUGUUCAGAUUUCCAAAAAAGGAAAUUACUCACAUUUCUGAAAUUUCCAUCAGCUCGAUAAAGUGCAAAUCAAAAGUUUUUAGACAUAUUGGAAAUUUCAGUAAUUCCAGAAAUUUCGGAAAUUAUAUCAUUUUAGGAAGUAACGUAAAAUUCAGAAUACAAAUACUUGAAAUUUCCUUUUUAGGAAGUCUGAACACUCCUGGAUCAACUAAUUAUUACUGUUAUAAACAAAGAUUUUAAACUGAAUAGUAACGAAAAGAAACAUUAUGAUGGUCUUUGAUUUUUAUACAUGAUGUAGAUUUUCACUAUUAGAAUCAACAAUUUCUAUAAAUUAUAUUUUGGAGAUAUCUACGUGUGAGAAGUUACCAAGUAACGGGGUAAUGGAAAAUUCCUAGAUAUAAUUCUCUUGUUAAGGACAGACUAUUUUGAGACAACAACGACUUUUUAUAAAGUUUAAUUAAAUGUUUUCAAGGUUGAUCAGUCUCAAUAUGUAAUCAGUUUCUCGAAAUUUGUGUAUUUGAUUUCUCGGUCAAGUUAUUUCUAAUUCGAAGACCUUGGAUCAAACUUUAUAAAAUGUCGUUACUUUCUCUGCAUAGCCUUGUCUUGUCGAAAGAAUUAAAUUCACAAAUUUCCCGUUACUCGGUAAAGGCAUUGUUAUCGUUACCGGCAACGUAACGGUAACUUCUCUUGCUUAAAGCAAUCAAAUGGAAGAAAGAUGAAGGUUCAUCCUUUUCAAUUAUGAAUUUUUUUUUUUUUUAGUAUAAUUGCUAUGUAUUAUACACUAUCGAAUGAUCUUAUUACAAAUGAAAAUAGUUAGAUAUUUAUUCGAAUAUGAUUUUCUAUGCUGAGAUUUAGAUGAAUUACUUUUUAUAUAUUUUCAAAAAAAAAAAGAAUCGAAUGAUGAAUGUAUGUGCCAAUAUGAGUUAAAAUAUAUCUCUCAUGAUUUCAAAGGACAUUAUUGAGUUCUAUAUACUGAGAAUACAACUAUAAAUUGAUUCUUAUCAAUUAUUAUGUACAAUAUCUGAUUGAAGCAUUUGAUGGUCAUCCAUGAUAAUAAAGUAGAGGAUUCAUUAAGAGCUUCUCGGGAAGAAAAAACAACGAAGGAAGGAAAGAAUUUUAUUAUUAAGCAAAAAAUUAAUCAAUAAUAAUUAUUUCUAGAUCCAAUUCACGUAGUAAAAGUCGAACACGAAGUCGAAGUCCUAGACAAACAAGCAAUGGUCAUUCAUCAAGACGUGAUAAAAAAAGUCGUAGUCGUUCUGAAAGUAGUCGAUCAUCGAAGGAUCGUGAACGUUCAUAUAGUCGUUCUCGAUCACGUUCACGUUCUAAAUCGGAUAGUCCAACUCGAUCAAAAGAACGACGAUCACGAACAAGAACACGAUCAAGAUCAAAAUCUCGUGGUAGUCGAUAA